GGAAAACACUUUCACCAGCUCGCACACCCGUCGCUGCUACCACUUCGCCGGCCCUGACACCGUCAACACCAACACGAUGGGAGGGGACAUUGCGAAACCGGACACGCGCACGGUGCACGUGAACAACGACGUCGAGAACGCACGUCUACGGCAGCAAUUCAAGUACACCAACAACUGGGUCUCGACGUCCAAGUACACCAUGUUCAACUUCGUGCCCAAGACCAUCCUCGAGUUCUUUCGAGUUGUUGCGAACGGGUACUUUUUGUGCAUUUCGCUCCUGCAAGUGCUGACGGACUGGUCGCCGACCAACCAGUACACGACGGCCGGACCGCUCCUGAUUGUGCUCAUGGUAUCCAUGACCAAACAAGCGAUCGAAGACAAGAAGCGCCACGACGCAGACGCGAUUCAGAACUGCCGCAUUUGCCACGUUAUGACGGCCAACGGGGCGAUCCAGGAGAAGCAGUGGCAAGAUGUCCAAGUGGGCGACAUCUUGUUCUUGAAAGACAAGGAUGAGCUGCCGGCAGACGUGUUGAUCUUGGCGACGUCCGAGGAGGAAGGACGGUGCUUUGUCGAGACGUGCAACUUGGACGGCGAAACCAACUUGAAGCGCCGGACGGCAUGCGAACCCAUUGCCAAGCUCAUUGGGUUUCGAGCUCUCAAUGAUCCUGUCAUUGACGAAGCCAAGCACAAGGCAUCGUGCAUGGCAUUUCGCGGGUCCAUCGAAUACGAACAGCCCAACAAUCGGCUCUACAACUUUACGGGAGUCGUCAAAGCAGACGCGUUGGCCGACGCAGCGCCCAUUGGACCGACCAACGUUAUCUUGCGCGGAUGCAGCAUCCGCAGUUGCUCGUACAUCUUUGGAAUCGUUUUGUUCGCCGGAAAGGAGUCCAAGCUCAUGCAAAACGCCCGAGCGACCCCGUCCAAGCAAAGCAACGUGUACAAGAUGGUGAACCGGUGCAUCAUGCUGAUCUUCCUCACACAGUUUACGCUCUGCGUGAUCAGCACCGUCUCGUUCAAUGCGUGGGUGCACCACGCACUCAAGCUGCACUCGUGGUACCUCCCCUUCAUCCGCGUCGAAGUCAGCGCGUUCUUUACGUUUUUGAUCCUGUACAACAACUUGGUCCCGAUCUCGCUGUACGUGUCGCUAGACAUGGUCAAGGUAGUCGCCCAAGCCAAGAACAUCUCGAGCGACGAAGAAAUGUGCCACGAAGGGUUUUACGCCAUCGCGCGCACGUCCGACUUGAACGAGGACUUGGGGCAAAUCGAGUACAUCUUUAGCGACAAGACUGGCACACUGACGCAAAACAUCAUGGAGUUUCGCAAGUGCUCGAUUGGCGGCGUCGUGUAUGGUUACGGGUCGACCGAAAUUGCCGCGGCCGUCGCCAGGCUCGCCAAACAUGAAGCCACGCCAGCGACGGCCAACGACCGUGGCCCCGCGACCAAUUUGAACGAUGCCCAGAUUUUCCUCGACAAGUCCAUUCACUUUGACGACCCGCGACUCGUCGUCGAAGCCGCAAACCCGUCGAGUCCGAACGGCGCUCGCAUCCGCGAGUUUCUCACGCUCUUGGCCGUUUGCCACACUGUGAUUCCUGAAACCAAUGCCACCACGGGCCUGACGACGUACCGCGCCUCGUCCCCAGACGAAGAAGCUUUGGUCAAGGCGGCGCGGUGCUUGGGCUACAAGCUCGUGACACCGGCGCCUUUUGUCGAAGUGGAAAUCACGCACAAGGGAACGAGCCCGACAAUGUUGGGGUACUCGAUUUUGAACGUGAACGAGUUCAACUCGACCCGGAAACGGAUGAGCGUAGUCGUGCUGACGCCGCACGGCACGGUUGUCGUGUAUUGCAAAGGCGCGGACAACGUGAUCUUGCCGCGAUGCGCGCUGACGAGGACUGAAGCGGUCUUGGACGAGCAUUUGAAGACGUUUGCGUCCGAGGGCUUGCGCACGCUAGUCCUGGCCAAGCGCGAAAUGUCCAAGGCGGACUACGACGCGUGGAACAAAACGUACCAGGCGGCUGCAACGUCCUUGUCCGAUCGAGAUGCCAUGCUGGAUGCAGCUGCAGAAGCACUCGAAGUCAACAUGACGAUUGUCGGGGCCACUGCAAUCGAAGACAAGUUGCAAGUUGGCGUUCCCAACGCGAUCCACAGCCUGGCCCAGGCCGGUAUCAAGAUUUGGGUGUUGACAGGAGACAAGGAAGAGACAGCGGUCAACAUCGGGCACGCAUGCCGCUUACUCAAUGACGGGAUGCAGUUGCUGUAUGUGAAUCGGGAAGAUUUGGCAGGCCUUGUCGAGCAGGUCGACUACUUGUACAACAUGGAGGCGAUUCAAGACCACUACAAGUCGAAAACCGUGGCGGAAAACAUUGGCAUCGUGUGCGACGGCAAGUCCCUCGUCCAUUUUUUCCCGUCCAAGUCGUUGUCGGCCAACGACAAGGUCACGGCCAAGGAACUGCGGCGCAAACUUCUCGUCGUCGCCAGUGUUUGCAAAGCCAUGGUUGCGUGCCGCGUCUCGCCAGCCCAGAAAGCCGACAUCGUCAACUUGGUGCGAUACAACUCGCGAAACAAGCCCAUCACGCUUGCUAUCGGCGAUGGAGCGAACGACGUCAACAUGAUCCAGUCGGCGCAUGUCGGGAUUGGCAUUUGCGGCCAAGAAGGGGUACAAGCCGUCAACGCCAGCGACUAUGCGAUCGCUCAGUUCCGCUUUCUUCAGCGGCUGCUUCUGGUCCACGGCCGAUCCAACUACAAGCGCAUCGCCAAGGUCAUCUUGUACUCGUUCUACAAGAACAUGUCGCUCGUGAUCGUGCUGUUCUUUUACAACUUUUACAACGGCCAGAGCGGAACGUCGCUGUUUGAGAGUUUUGUCAUGGCCGGGUGGAACUUCUUCCUGGCACUGCCGAUCAUCGCGAUCGGGAUCUUUGACGAAGACGUGAGCCCGGAACAAGCAAUGGCGUUUCCCGCGCUGUACACGACCGGCCAACGCAACGACGACUUGAACGUGUAUCGGUUCUGCAUUUGGAUUGCAAACGCCAUCUUCCACGCCGUCCUGAGCUUCUGGUUGCCAAUCUACAUUGUCGUGGGGUACACGACGGAAGCCUUCCACUUGCAAGGCACGACCAUCUACACUGGGCUCCUCAUGACAAUGAAUUGCAAAGUCAUCAUGGAAACCAUGUCGUGGACCAUGUUCAACCACGGGUUCAUUGUGUUUUCCGUCGUGCUCUACUUCUUCUUCCUCGGCGUGUACCCCUUGUUUACGUUCCUGAGCUGGGACAUGGUCGGCAUCACGCCGAUCCUGCUCUCGUCAGGCAUUUACUGGGCCGUGUUCUUCCUUGUGCCGGUCGCCAACUUUCUUGUCGACUUGUCCCUAAAAUUCUGGGUCAAGUUUUACAGCCCCACGGACGCUGACAUUUUGCGCGAGCGCUACGUGAUUCGACGUGGACAAUCCAAAGUGUCGUGCGGGGUGUCGGAAGCGCGCAAGCCGCGUGGCCAACAAGACUACGUGGAUCGAAGGGGGUCGAUCGAACGCACGCCGGACCAGCUCAUCGCCGACAAGAAGGCCGGAGUUCGCAACGUGGACGACGUCAAGUACACUGGAUUUGCCUAUUCGUCGCCAGAUUCGACGGGACGGGGCUCUGGAUCACGCGACAUUGCGUCGCUCCGCGUGGACCAGCUCCAGCAAACAGGGCGAGUCGGUGAAAUUACAGAGCUGCGCAGACUGAGUGCCUCCCCAUUAGUUCCACCGCCCGUCGGCCAGUCCACCGAGGCGACAACAGAGAAAUAGACAUUCUGUCGGUGUGAAAAGCCUAUUUAUUCGACUGACUGCCCCUUAGAUAUGCUUUAUAAUAUUAUGGAAAAAUUUAUUUUGUGAGGG